AUGGAAGAAUAUUACAAAACUAUGGAAAAUCUUGUAGCUAAUUUUUACUAUUCAUGCCAAUAUCAGGGAAAGAUCUAUUUUAUAUUCUCUUUGUAUGCGUAGGAAUAAUAUAACGAAAAAAGACUUGGAGUAAUUGACAUUAAGAACUAGAAAUUCAUGGAAAUUGAUGGUUUCAAAGAAGUAGAGUAAAAUAUUUGUAACUUUCUAGUAUAUCGUGGCUGGGUCUUCAUCCAGCUAGACAAUGCCUAAAUUCGAAUGUUUAAUUUAUUGACUAAAGAGUUUUAGAUGCUAACUUGGCUGAUGCAUUUCUAAUAAAGUAGCUCAAAGUUAAUCAUUAACAACUAGGGUAAACUAUUAAUUGUGAUUUAAGCAUCAGAAACACUUAAAAAGGGUAUGGCUCAUUUUACCAUUAUGUUAAAAUCAUUAAAAAGAAUUGGAGAUAUCACACCAGUAGAAGGAUUAUAUAAUAACUCUGAUCAUUUUAGUUAGCAGCAUGAUGCUGUUAAUUAUGUAACCGGCUAAGAGUAUAGUGCUAUUUGCAUCGAUAAUUAAAAUGGAAUCUAUUUGUACCUGGCACAUCAAUAUUAUAUUGAACUGCUCCUUUUCGGAGAAAUUUUGAGAACUCAAAAGUUAGAUAAAAAAGAAUCAAGAUUUAUUCCAACUGCUAUCUCCUAAGUUGAAAUACUUGAGACUAUUAAGAAGUAUCGUUUGAUUUUAUUUGAAGGCUAAGCUUUUGAAUCGAAUCUGAUUCUUGUAAGUGGAAUGGGCCUACUUAAAUUUUAGUGA